UUUCUUCCAGUUCCACCUGCAUUUGUCUUCUUAUUAUCAGCUCUCUCUUUUCCUCUGCACUUCCCGAUGGUGAAUGAGUUCAUGGUGUGCGUGGACAGGAUCAUCAUAGCGUCAUCAGCUGCUUAUUGCUUCGCCGGAGACUCUUCUCCGGCCAACGGGGCGGAGACCCUCUUGAGAAAUGCGGCGGUCUCAGUCGGCAGCCCGCCGGCGGAAGUGGCCAUCAACGCUUCUGGUCAUGGGUUUUGCAGCGGUGGUGGGUUUGGUGGUGAAGGAUGCUCAAAGGGCGGUGGGGGUGCAGUGAGGGAGUGUAGGAUUUGCCAAGAGGAGGAUGAGGAGAAAGACAUGGAGGCUCCCUGUGCCUGUAAUGGCACUCUAAAGUUUGCUCACAGGAAGUGUAUUCAGCGGUGGUGCAAUAAAAAAGGUGACAUCACUUGCGAAAUCUGUAAUCAGGUUUUCUCACCAAACUAUUCUCUCCCACCAGCAAGAAGCAAUCCUGACGUUUUUGCCAUCGAUAUCGGCCAAGCUUGGGGUCCAGGUUUCGACAUUCAGGACCCACGUUUCUUGGCCUUUGCCACUGCUGAGCAUCAACUCCUCCAAUCUCAAUAUGAUGAAGACUAUGCCACCAUUGCUAGUAGCAGCAGCCUGGCUUGCUUACGCUUUGUUGCUAUUGUUUUGAUGGUACUCCUGUUACUACGGCAGAUGCUGAUCGUUGCAGCGGACUUUCAGAUGGUUAGAGAAUCACCAUCGUCUUUUAUCAAUUUCCAAAUAUCACUUCUGCAACUGGCUGGCUUUCUUCUUCCCUGUUACGUGAUGGUACGGUCGUGGUACGUUGUGCUUUGCCGAAGACGAAGGCAGGGUUACUAAAGUUGGUCCACUGGAGGCAGAAAUCUUAGGGAUCUAUCAUUUUAUUGGAGGACUCUAUAUAGAAUAUAGAGUUACAUAGAUGAACUCUGAAUCAAAUGUACAUGUGAAACAAAUGAGUUCAUCAUGGAAGUGUGACUACCUUGUUCCUGUUCAACAUAAAAUAAUGCUUGCAAUUGUUGGUCAAUGGAAUUCCUAGUCAUUAUAUUAGCCAGCUCACAAGAGUUAUUCGGGAAAGAUAAGUGGUGGACCGGGCCCCGGGUCGGGUCUUGGGAAGUCAAUUUUUUGGGGGAUUAGGCCCAUUACUGGCCCGGGUUGGUUCCGGGACCAAGCCGAGCUUGGGCUGGGUCGGGUCUUGUAUUUUUUUUGGGGGGUUUUCCUUAUUUGUUCCUAACCCCCCCCCCCCCCCACUCCACCCUACCCCCCAAACACCCUCAAACCACUAAGCCCAACCCGCGUACCACCCAAUCCAUUCGGGAAAAAAAAACAUUUUGGGCCCGGACUGUUCGGUUCCAAGAGGGCUAUAGCUCGUGACCCGCCCCAACCCCCCGGUCCGGGCCCCAGUCUCGGGCCUGGUCCAUGCCUAGGAAAGAUGUAAAUAAAGAAUAAUAGGAAGUAUGGAGUAUGUUACUAUCGAGUAGUUGCAUAUUUAUAAUUAAAUUAAAUGUUGUUUAUAAAAAUGUGACCUUUUAAGUGUCACAUUUUAUAAUUAAGUAGUUGCAUAUUUAUAAUUAAAUUAUCGUAAUAUCUAUAAUUG